CCAUUUCGGCACCGUUCCCCGGAGCCGCUGGGCCGCAGCGGCUCCCCGUGCCCCGCCGUCGCCAUGAGCCGCCUCAGCGGCGGUUGGGACGGUGCCGGCGGGGAAGUCCAGCUCCUCCUGGACCUGUAAAUGCUUCAGCCCUGUUUGUCUUUGAGAUUAGUUUGCAAUGUCUGUUGAAGCUGUAUCUCGUGGUGGAAACUGUGUAUGCAUUCAGUGUUUGACAAAGAAUGUUUCCAGAUAUAUUGCAGAUAUCAAGCCGUUGCCACCCAACAUAAAAGAUAAAAUAAUUAAAUUAAUGAGCAUGCAAGGGCAAAUAACAGACUCAAAUAUUAGCGAGGUAUUGCAUCCUGCUGUGGAGUCUCUAGAUCUCCGAGACUGUGAUAUUUCAGAUAACGCAUUGUUGCAGCUUUAUAACUGCAAGCAAUUGAAAAAAAUCAACUUAAAUUCUUGCAAAGAAAACAGAUUGGGAAUCACUUCAGAAGGUAUCAUAGCCCUGGCCUUAUCCUGUCCCUACCUGCGUGAAGCGUCUUUCAAAAGGUGCUGCGACAUAACUGACAGUGGAGUUCUUGCUCUUGCACUCAACUGCCAAUUCUUACAAAUAGUGAAUUUGGGCAGCUGCUCAGGAAUCAUGGAUGCUUCUCUGCAGGCACUAGGAGAAAACUGCAAAUUUCUUCACAGUGUGGACUUUUCAUCUACUCAGGUAACAGAUGAUGGCGUUAUAGCACUAGUGAGUGGAGUGUGUUCAAAGAAUUUAAAGGAGAUCCACAUGGAACGCUGCGUAAAUCUGACUGAUGUUGCUGUGGAAGCAGUCCUGACUUGUUGUCCAAAGAUACACAUUUUUCUCUUCCAUGGAUGUCCACUCAUAACAGAUCGCUCCCGAGAUGUUUUAGAGCAGCUAGUUGUAUCAAACAAAAUCAAGCAAGUGACGUGGACCAUUUACUGAUUAUUUUUGUCUGCGUAUGUAUGAGUGUAAAGUUUACAGAUGGGAGAGCUGCUUCAGAGAACAAGCACCUCGGAGAAACAGCUGGUGGCUUUUUUACUUCCAGAUUGCUUCUCUCCUUCUUCCCACCAGAGGUCUCUGUCGCCAUUCCUGUCCUUGCAUGCGAGCCUGGGCUCUCUGCUUGUACUUUGCAUCACUGGUCAUACACCAUGAAGAGGAAAGUUAAAACGAUAAUCAGUAUUACAGUCAUCUCUCAGCCUCCUUGAACGAUCAGAUUUGUCACUUUUAGCAUUUUAGCUACUUACAUGAAUCCAGUAUUAAUAAGUAUCUGUUCCGAGUUUGUAAUCUGAGAGGGUAGUUGCAAUUAAAAAUACCAAGCCCACGGAUAAUAUUAAUACUUACACAGAAGUGUCUGCAAAGUUGGGACUUUAAUUUGACAAAAGUCAGCAGAGAGAACUAGUAAAUGGAAGUGUUACUAAUAGCAGUGCAAAUAUAUUUUAUGUAGUAACAAUCUCCUUUUACUGUGUACUUUUUAUCAGCCUGGAGGAAAAACUGUAGGUGCUUUUGUUUUGAUGUUACUGAUGCUAAAGGUUUCUGUCUUUAUUUACUAUCAAAUGUUUACAGGAGUUUUACACAUCCAAAAAUACAGUCUGUGAACAUGUAAGCAUAAAGUAGCUUUGAAAUCAGUGUGGUGAUUUAACAUAUUUCAGAAUAGUGCUUAUGACCAAUAAAAUAAUCUUGUACAUGGGCAAAUAGUCAUUUGCUCUGGCUUUUCCCUACAUUCCUUUGUGAAAAUCAUUGGAGGGAACAAAACAUUGGUCCUCAUAAGCCUAUCUGUGAGUGAAGUAGGAUCAGACAAUGUCUGAGUACAUGAAUCUUAGGAUGGCAGAGUUCAACAGAGUUUAUGUUCUGGUGUAUGCAGUUUAUUACAUUUCCAGUGGCCUCCAGAUGAUAAAAAUACGACUAUUUAUGUGUUGUGCAAUUGUAGUCAUUUUUUAAACUAAAUUUUAGAAAUGUGGGAUGAGUUUAUUACAUGAGGGAGCAGUGUUCUUAUCACAAUUGUAAGUUAUGCUCACUGGCUUCGCUGAAGCAGUAGAAUUUCUAUUGAGACCUGUAUGUUUUCAACAUUAAACUUUUAAAAACACUAGUAAUUCUAGAUAUGCAGAGAGCAGGCAGCACACUACGUUGCUAUUCUGUAUUUGGACAUAGCAGGGUUUAGCUAGGGAGGUCUCACAGAUCUGAUGACACUUACAAACCCAUGAGUUCAGGCAAGCAUAAGGAAUAUGUUUAUAACUUAACACCUGCCAUAGCCAAUACUCCUUUAAAAUGUUACAGAAAUAAAACAGUCUUCUAGUCUAUUUCAAGUUCAGGUCAAAUUGCAUGGAAGAUAUAUAUGUUGCAUCCAGUAAUGUUAAAGAAUAUUAUGGUAUCUGACAAUGAUCUCUGUUCUUCUCUUGAUUAUAUGGCUUAUGGAAGAGCAGAUACAUUUAGAGAUCUUGUUCUUGUGUAACCAAAAGCGUAAUUUUCAAACUCAGGUGCAUAAAUCCCUAACGCUUGUAUGCAGUAAUUUAUCUGCUUGGCUUGGUUUCAGGAAGGGUGCCCCAAAAAGAUUAAGUGGAAUCAUAAGCUAGAUCAAGGGGGAAGGGACCCCUGAAGUUUCUAGUCUAGCCCCCUGCCCAAAGCAGGGCUGGCUCAGACCGGCUUAAUCAGGUCUUUACCUGGCCAAGUCUUGAAAAGCUGAAGAGAAGAAAGCCUGCGCAACCUCAGGUAACUUGUUCUGCUGUUUAACUGCUCUCAUGAUGGAAAAAAAAAAUCCUUCUAUCCUGUUUGGCCCUAUUCAGUUUCAUCUUAUGCCCUUAUGAUAGAAGUCUUGGAAGAGCCUGGCUGUCUUCCUGAUAGCCCCCUAACAGACAUGGGCAGGCUGCUGCUAGAUCCCCCAGAGCCUUCACUUCCCCAAGCUGAACAAGCCCAGUUCCCCUGUCUCUUACUGCAGGACAUGUAUCAGUGUGCAGUGGUGGUUGCCAGCCUCAUUUCAAGUGCUACAUCAAAAAGAAAACUGUACAUGGGGAUAUGUAAAGCAGCUACAUGGGGAAGACCACUGAAGCCUGUAACAGCAAAGGGCACUUAAACAGUGCUAACUCCACUGGCAAAGUUGUCCUUCCCCUUUUUAAUGUAACCUUGGAUUUGUCACGUCAGUGGCAAAUGCAGCUUGCAUUGUCCCCAAACAUGCAUGCAGAUUUACUAUGUUCUCCUGUUAGUCUCUUCUAAAUGUGUAACUCAGUGCUGUAUCCUUACCUUGUGCUUAAAAAAACAACAACAAAAGCCUUCCAACACUGCAAUAUGUUACGCUGUAUUCUUAGAUUUGAAAGUUUAAUGUGUAAGUCCUGCUAAAUCUUUCACUUCCAGAGCUUAAGACUGCUGUCUUAUGGGUUUGUUACUAGCAUAAUUCUACUGGAAUCUGUUUUGAUUCAGGUUAAAUCAGUCAUUUUUAAUAAAUGUUUAAGAGUGCUGGGGUGAAGUGGGAGAUGAACAUCACAUGUAUGCAUUACCACUUCAUAUUCUACAUUAUACUUGGAUGGUAUAAAUUAUUGGGUGAACACGCAGGAUAUUUAUGUAUUGUUUUGAAUAUUGAGGUUUGUAAGUCUUCUGUUUGGAUACUUCUGAAAACUUGUUAAAUUAUAUUUUAUAACAUCUGAAUGUCAUAUGAUGUACAGCUGAUUGUUCAUAAACUUUCUAUUUCAUAAGCA